AUUAGAACUCAGGGUUAGGCUCCUUUGGGAAAGUGGCGGCAUCUGACAUCUAUAGUCGCUCCUGCCAUAUAUUUCCAGCGGCCAAGGAUGGAUGAUAUGGCCACCGGAGACGCAGGGUUCCCCACAGACCUGGAGACCUCACGAGCCACGAUUCAGAAGGCAGCAGCAUAAUUUCGACCCCGCCAUUCCGGUCCCCAGCAGCAUGCUGCCAAUCUGCCACCAACAUUGUGUGGACAUCAUAUCCGGGCAAGCUAGCGUGUUCCUUCUCGGCGACUCGGCAACAAACGUCCAGCCAUCCACGCGAACGAGAACAAAGAAAGAAGAGCCAUCUGAGCCACCGCAGCAGUAAUCAUGG